AUGGCGCACAACGACCACCUGCUGCCGCGUCCACGCGAGAUCCCCGGUCCAACCUCGCCACAGUCCAGCCUGCUCGCCGGUCGACAGCGCUACCUCCUCUUCCCGCGCUUCACUCUCGAGUCCGGCAUCACCCUCACCAACGUCCCUGUUGCGUUUAAGACGUGGGGCCGGCUGGCGGAUACGCGCGACAACGCGCUCGUCGUCUGCCAUGCUCUCACGGGGUCUGCCGAUGUAGAGGACUGGUGGGGCCCGCUGCUGGGUGUCGACAAGGUGUUCGACUACUCGCGCUUCUUUGUGGUGUGUUGCAAUGUGCUCGGCAGCCCGUACGGGUCCGCAUCGUCGUGUACGCAGGCGGGCGGCGAAUCGUCCUGGGCCAAAGACGGCGACGAUACCGCGGCCGAUGCAAUCAUGCAGGCCAAGAUGCAGUGGGACGGACAAGGGUGGUGGGGGCCCGAAUUCCCCGCCACAACCGUGCGCGACGACGUGCGCAUCCAGAAGCUCGUGCUCGAGUUCCUGGGGGUAGAGAGCGUUGCAGCGGUGGUGGGUGGUUCGAUGGGCGGGAUGGCGGUGCUCGAGUGGCCGCUCGUCUUUCCCACGCGCUGGCCGGGUCGCACGGACUCGACUUCGCGAUACAUCCAGGCGAUCGUGCCGCUCGCCACGUCGGCACGCCAUUCGGCAUGGUGCAUCUCGUGGGCCGAAGCCCAGCGCCAGUCGAUCUACUCGGACCCGCUGUUCAAGCACGGCUACUACCUGCCCGCCGAGCCGCCGCGCAACGGGCUCUCGGCCGCACGCAUGGCAGCGCUCCUCACCUACCGCUCGCGCGACAGCUUCGAAUCGCGCUUCGGCCGUCGCGUCGGCAAAGCGCUCAAGGGCGGCGGGGCCGCUCUCCCCGUCCCGGACGCACACAGCGAAGCCCAAGCCAAGACGAUCGACGACCAGCGUCGACGCUCGCUUGCGCACGAUGCUGCUGCCGCCCAUAAUGAGGGUAACCUCUCGCCGCGCGUUAAACCGUACGGCUCCAACUCGCCGCUCAACGGAUACUUUGCCGGCCCCAACGGUGCCUCGCUGUCUCCCACUGCCACAACUCCUCCUGUUCCGGCGGUGCCACAUCCACCCACGGAGCUCUCGGACCAGGCAGUGCACGAGCGACUGGUGGAACCGUUCUCGCCCAGCACAGCCCCUGAAAUCUUCUCGGCGCAGUCGUACCUUCGCUAUCAGGGCGACAAGUUCGUGCGUCGCUUCGAUGCCAACUGCUACAUCCACCUCACGCGCAAGAUGGACUCGCACGACGUAGCGCGCCACCGCUGGGGAUGGCGUGUGCUCCGCACCUCCAACACCAUCACCGGCGUCGUUCUCGAUUCAGGUGUUCGUCCCGAGAGCGAUGAAGCGGAGGAUGCGGCGCUUAUGAGGGUGCUUGAUGUCCUGUCCAGCCAUGGGCCGGUGGAGGGCAAGGUUCAACCACCCGCAGUGUUGGUGGUGAGCAUCGAGAGCGAUGGACUUUUCGCGCCGCCAGAGCAGAUGCUCAUACACGAGCUCGUGGGCGGAAGCGAGUUUGUGAGCGUCAAGAGUUCCGAUGGCCACGACGGAUUCUUGCUCGAGUUCGAACAGAUUAAUGCCAGCGUUGGCGCUUUCCUGCGCAAGAGGUUGGAGCCGAUUUACAAGAGGCCGCAGCUGGAGGUGCAGCACGAACAGCAGCACGUAAAGGAAAGCGUGUUUGGCGAGGUGGAAGACGUUACCCGCUGGUAG